AAGGGUGGCACGUGCAUGCAUGUCGUGUGCUUAUACCAUGGAGGUAAGAAUAUCUGGAGGGAGCAUAAAGUAUUUUUGAGGGCGAGGGGAGUGAAGCCUGAGAGAAUUCCAAAGAAACCACAAGUACGUAAAAAGUGGCUUGAUAGAAUGGACUUAAAUGACAGUAAUGUUCCAGAAAAUGCAUUUAUUUGCUCAUUACAUUUUGAAGAAAGUGAUAUGGGCAAAACAUCACUUAAUUGUAUUAGAAUUAGAUCUGGUGCUGUCCCAUUUAAUAAUAUGAAUAUGAAAAAUGACGAGUCUCCUGUGAAACGAAAAAAAAUAUUGGACGAACAUAAUUAUAAUUUAAUGAAAGAGCAACAGAAUCUUGAUCCUGUAAAAAUACAAAAAAUACAUCACAAUGCAGAAAAAAAUUAUAUAGAUGAUCCUGAAACAUGCAGAAUCAAAGAAGCAGAAAAUCUUGAUUCCAUGGAAAUAUGUGACAACAUUGAACAAGGUAUAUUUAUCAAUUGCAAUAGAUAAAACAAAUCAUUUUGUAGAAACACUGUUAAGUGAUAGCGGACUAUUACAAAAAUUUUAUAUUAAUAAUAAAUUGGCCAGUGAUUUUUAAUAGUUUUGUUACUAGUUACUAUAGAUUGAAUAA